AUGGAUAACAUGCAAUCUGAUUUGUCUUUUUGGGAUCUGGCAAAUUUGGCCCGAGAUAGAGGUUCAGAUUCUUUGUUGGCCAAAUUUGUAGCUAUUAUGUGGGGCCUUUGGUAUAGAAGGAAUAAAAGGAUUUAUGAGAAUAUUUCUAUGCAUAUUAAUGUGACUGUUAAUAAUGCUCUUUCUUUACAACAAGAAUAUGCACAGGUGCAGUUUUUUGAUGUUUCAAAUCAGAAGAUUAAUAAGGUGGUAAGAUGGCAUCCUCCUCCUAUGGAUUUUCUAAAAUUGAAUAUUGAUGGGGCCACUUUUAAUGAUCAAUCUAUUGCUGGGAUUGGAGUUGUGUUGAGAGAUCAUAAUGGUGAGGUUGUAGUGACUUGUUCUAAGGUUGAGAAAGAGGUCUCCUCUGUUGAGUUCAUUGACGCAAUUGCUCUUCUUAGAGGCUUACAGCUGUGUGUUCAAUGGGGUGUCCCAAAAAUUAUGCUUGAAAUCGAUUGUUUGAUAUUGGUUAAUGCUUUGAAUGCAAAUUUUGAAUGUCUAACAGAUUUUGAAUUUAUUCUUCAAGACAUUCGAAGACUUAUAGAUGGCUUCCAAGAAGUUAAAGUUGUGCAUGUCAACCGCUUAGGCAAUUUGGUGGCUCAUCGUUUGGCAAGACACGCUUGGUUGAUUGAUGAUAUUUGUAUGUGGUGGGAUUAUUGUCCUUCAUUUGUUAGUCAAGUUAUAUGGCUUGAUAAACUUUCUAUUUGUAAGGAUACUUGA